AUGUACUGCCUUCUAGCCAUCCUUUUGCUGACGGGCCAUGAGGCAAAAAACAAUGACCGACUAGCUAUCAUGAAAUUCGAGCAGAACAGCAAGUUUUACCGGAUAUACCGGACAGGCGGCAUGCGCGAGUUCCCCGGCAUCAAAGCUGGUAGUGAUGUAAUUAUGGCUACGAGCCGGACCAACGGGCCCGGCACAUAUAUGACAAUAUACUGCACUCCCUCUCAUGACUCAACUUAUUUAAGGAGGGCCAUAACUAGAGGGAUCAGAGAAAUGGAAGAUAACUCUCAUAUCGGCUUUCACCAGCCUCUUUCAGAGGAGACAAUCUGUCUCCAUCAUAUUAAAGAGCAACUUAGAAAACACUCCAGAAAUAGAGAUAUUAACAUCAAGGAACUGGACGAAACUUUAUGCAGCACAAGUACGGUCUACACACUAGCUAUUCAAAAUAACUUUUAUGUCCAGAGUAUUCAUCACGGAACACUUACUCCGACUAAGUCUAAUCUUCAAAGAAUAUUGAGUGAUGAUCUAUUUCCCAUGUCUGACUUGGUACUCGGCAGUAACUUUAUUUGUGAAGGAGAGACCAACGGCCUGCAAACUGUGCUGGCUUGGCACCAAGGCUAUCUAAAUCUUUUUCAAAAAGAUAAUCGGAAUAAUUCAUGGCUCUUGGUGAGAAAAAAUUCACCGAGAGGUUAUGAUUAUCAUCCCAUCAUCGACUUCAUUGCCAAACAUUUUGAUGAGGUUGGAUCAAUCAGGUCUGCAUUAAUGUUAGACGGAGAUACCGCUGAUUUAUCAACUAAUGAUUCGCAUUUUCGGAAAAGUAAUAGUCUGACAAGACAACAAAAUAUCAGAGAGCUACUCGUAUACCUAGGCCAGAAAAACCUACGGCUCACCGAGUCACCCGCAUACGGAUUCCUUGGGCAAUUGUAG